AUGGAUCAUAAUCAUCAUCAAUGGCGUUUGAGAUUUUCAUUCAAGAACGCCACAAUUGCUCUGACUAUCAUCAAUGUUCUCAUCUUCCUCUUCCUCCUUCAGGGCUUCUUGACUUCCUCCUCUCCAUCUUCUUCCUCUCGCCGAAUCAUUUCAGCUCAGCUUCGGUAUAUCAAGGAAGCGGAAGAGCUUAGGCGCGCGAUGCAACCUUUAGAGCUCAUCAAAAGAGUGCGAGAAAUCGAACAAGAGGCAUCUGCGGGGCAAGAAACCGAGCAGAAGAAAGAUGUGAAACAGAACACAGCCGUUGAUCUCUCUAAACGGCUUAAGGAUUUUCGUGCGCUAAACGAUGCAUCGAGCUUGAAAGCACUGGAAGAAUGGCGAAAGCGGAAAAUGGAACGAGCAAGACAACGAGAUCUUGAGAAAUCCGGAGGAGUUCAAAACGUCAUAAGAAGUUAA